CUCCAUGUUCGCACUCAGCCGCUCGUUAUAGCAAGUUAAGCAAAUGUUGUAAAAUAUGACGUUUUGUGGAAUUUUUAUUUCGAGUCGAGCUGUGGGAUUUACAGAAAGAAGAAAUGCUUCUUUAAAACAUUCCGAUAAUUGCUGAUCGGGUUGGAAAAGGACGCCUCGUCACGUUCAGGGGUUAAACUGGAUCGCGAUCUGCGUUUCGAAAUCGCGUUUGUUUGCGGACCGUGGUGAGGUGCAGCGUGGAGUGGGGCGGUUGCCGUAGUCAUGGCCGCCUCGUGCUCUGGUGGUAGCCUGUUGGGGAGCUCGAGCGGCUCCCGGGCCGUUUCUCCGCUUCCCGGGCAGUUUGAUGAUGCGGAAACCGAGCCCAGUAAUUGUGGCUGUCCUGAGCAAACACAACAGGCAGCAAGAAAAGUCAACAAUUUACAUCUGAGUAACUCAGAGGAAGAGGAAUCUUAUAUCGAAAGCGAUGAUGGCGAAGAAUGGGACUGGGAUGAUUGCGAUGGAGACCUCACUAAGCGCUACACUGCUUCCAGGGAUUACAACCAGCAGGCAAAUCGACAAAUUUCUUGUAAUUCAGCAAAGAUGUCCACUCCAACAGACAAGCUUCUGAGAAAGUUUGAACAUAAAAUUAAUCUUGAUAAACUAAAUUUUGAUGACUCUGUGAUAAACAGGGUAACUGAAAAAUCAAGGCAGAAACGUACAGACAUGUUUCGGGUUAAAGAUAAAUCUGACCGAGCCACUGUGGAGCAGGUUUUGGAUCCACGAACUCGAAUGAUUCUAUUUAAAAUGCUGAGCAGAGGGGUGAUCUCACAAAUCCAUGGAUGUAUCAGUACAGGCAAGGAGGCAAAUGUAUAUCAUGCAACAACAAACACUGGAGAAAGCAGAGCAAUAAAGAUCUACAAAACCUCAAUCUUAAUUUUUAAAGAUCGUGACAAAUAUGUUAGUGGUGAAUUCAGAUUCCGCCAUGGAUAUUGUAAGGGAAAUCCAAGAAAAAUGGUGAGGACUUGGGCAGAAAAGGAGAUGAGAAAUUUAAUCAGGUUGCAAACAGCAGCAAUACCAUGUCCAGAACCAAUCAUGCUCAGGAGUCACGUGCUUGUUAUGGGUUUUAUUGGUAAAGAUGAUAUGCCAGCACCAUUGUUGAAGAAUGCUCACUUGUCAGAAUCCAAGGCCCGUGAAUUAUAUCUGUCUGUUAUUCAGUACAUGCGAAGAAUGUACAAAGAUGCCAGACUGGUUCAUGCUGAUCUCAGUGAAUUUAAUCUGCUGUACCACAAUGGGGGAGUUUAUAUAAUUGAUGUAUCACAGUCAGUGGAACAUGAUCAUCCAUGUGCCUUGGAGUUUCUCCGAAAAGACUGUCUCAACAUUAAUGAUUUUUUUCGUAAACAUGGUGUUGCUGUGAUGACUGUGCGAGAACUUUUUGAAUUUGUCACUGACCCUUCAAUAAUGGAAGAUAAUCUUGAUGCUUACCUUGAGAAGGCAAUGGAAAUAGCUGCAGAAAGAACAGAAGAAGAACGAUCCAACCAGGACAAAGUAGAUGAAGAGGUGUUCAAAAAUGCCUACAUACCCAGGACACUGAAUGAAGUGAAACAUUAUGAACGGGAUGUUGAUAUAAUGAUGAAGCGCAAGGAAGAAGAUAGGACUACAGAUUUAGAGCAUGACAAUAUUCUGUAUCAGACAGUGACAGGAAUGAAGAAAGACUUGAGUGGUGUGCAACAGGUACCUGCUCUCCUUGAGAAUUUGCAAGAAAGUGAUGGAAACUCUAAAUCUGAUAAUGAUAGCUCUGACUCCGAGCUUGGUUCUGAAGGAGAAAGGAUUCAUCCUAAAGACUGUGUGCAGGAAGACGAAACUAACAAAAAGGACAGAAAAAGAAUGGUUAAAGAAGCGCAGCGAGAAAAACGAAGAAACAAAGUACCUAAACACGUCAAGAAAAGGAAAGAGAAGGUUGCUAAAAUGAAGAAAGGGAAAUCAUAGAAGUUUGAAUUAUGCUUUGUAAAUGGUUGUCAACCAAAACUUCAUUACUAAGUUAUUAAAUGAGGAAGUCCAUUUGAUUCAUCUUGAGCAGAAUUUUUGAUACCAGGUACCCAUUGUGCCUUUGAGAUGAAAUGCUGUUUGGGAACACACAAGUGCCAACAGCUUGACCCAUAGGGAGAUUUUGGAGAACAAGCAAAUUAAGGCACUAUCUUUGGGAGCCCCAGUCAAUUAAGGAUGACCGGAAAGUCCACUGAAAGCCAUAUAAAAGCAAUAUAAAAUACUGCUGAUGCUGAAAGAAAAAUAAAGUGCUGGAGAACCUCAACAGGUCUGGCAGCACCAACAGAAAGAUAUGUAGUAUUUGAUGACUGGCAGCUCCACCAUCAGUGUUGUUUUUAUGGACCCUUGCUUGGAUCACAAUGUUAUGCAAGUGUUUGAGUGGCAGGUGGAACAUGCAUUCAAUUAUUAAAGCAUGUUAUCCGUGGAUACCAAUAACCCAAUCAAAUCAUUCAGCAGCAUACAAAUUAAACCAUAAAUAAGGAUUUCUAAGUUGCCAUUGUGCCCCCCAGUGGAAUUGUAGGAUUUGCAAGCUCUUGAGGUAACACUAGCAGCCAUGGAACACAGACUGAAUUUUUGAGAGCUGCAAUGCUUUUUUGUUCUUAAUCAUUUGCUUUAAGUGGCUUGACUGCUGCCAUAACCAUAGCCUGUAAAAAAAAUAUAUAGGUCUUUUUUUCAGGGCAAACUCAACAGUUCUAACACCCCCACCUCUCUGCUGAAUGGUUUUGGGGGCAUUGAGAGUCAAUCAAUAAAUAUUUUCCUGCACCCUAACCAAACAUCUCUUAACCCACACAAUCCCCGUCACUCCAUUCGCAUAGCCCUCCCUGUGCCAGGUCCUUUCCAGUUUCACUCUGGUAUCACGUACAGUCUGUGGGAUUAAAAUGGGAUCAAAUUGGGAAAAUGUUUGGCAAUAACUGCCAUAAACAUUGACGGUAAUGGUAUGAAAUUAUCAAAGCUAUCUAAUAGAUGGUGGCAUCCUAUAGGUUAAAUAAUAAGUGGCGACAGCUGUCAGACUGUCAUGUAGAACGGAAAACCCUCUACAGCAUGAUCUGCUGUUGUGGCCCUCUGGCAGUUGCUGGGGUGGGUGGAUUUAAAUUCAAUGCAACAAUGAUGACUGACAGGUGGCCAGCUCUGUUCAUUUUCUCCGCUUCGGCCUCCAUAGGAGGCCCACAUGCUACUUGGAAAAUUCCAGAAAGCCUCUGAUUACUUCCCUCAAUAGGCAGUUUACUUGGCUACCUGCUGCUGGUGGGCAUGUGGCAGUUACCCCUCUUGAUGCAGCCCUCUUCAAAACAACUCAAAAGUGGUACCAUGGUGGCAGAACACCAUGUUGGCCAGUAAUGGGAAGUUGCUGAAACCUUGCCCUCUGAUCCUGCCUCAACAUCUCCACCAAAAUUAUACUCCCUUGUUUCAUCCAUUCAGGAAAAUCCUCCAACUCCCCACAUUAAAGUGCCUAGUUGCUUCCCAUCUGGAUUCAGGAUUUCCUUGUCCACUGUAUUUUGAAGUCAAUUCGACAUGUUGACUAUCCUUUACAUAAGGAAAAAUAUUCUGAUAGCUGUCCUAACUUUACCUUUUGCCAACUUAAACCAUUACCUUCUUAUCCUAAUCAGCAACAUAAAGUAACAUUUUCUUGAAGUAUGACCAAAUGAACGAUACUUAUUUUACCCAGACCUAAUACUGUAUUUGCACGCUGCUCAGUCAUUAUGUAUAUGUAAAUAAAACAAAUGUGAAACUGAA